AUGCCCUUUGAAAACGCAGACAGGGAUCAUCUCUGCGAAGGAGUUCGUGCCCCAUGGCUUGGACGCCCAGAGGAUACUCAGUACAAGUCGGCAAUCAUCACAGCAUCAAAAACAAGUGAUACUGAUGUAAAGGAUGAGGAACUUGCCCUGAAAACUAUUUAUUUUGUUGGUUUGAAUCUGAAGCACUCCACUGCUUCAAAGGUCGCGUCAGCUGCAGCGGCAGCAUCCCGUUUUCCUGGAGGAUUUGGCAAGGACCCCAAAAGGCAAAGAGUCAGUGACUUAGUGAAAUACGACAGAAUGAUCGAAUGUGGCGACCUGAACAACAGCAACUGUUGCUUUUCUGUCUAUUUCAAGGAACCAGGGCAUUCACAGGAGGGUCUGAAGCAGUGUACGCGUUUUUCAUUUCUUGGAACUCCUUUCAUGCUGGGUGAGCCAUACUCGGAUGGCACCAUGGCUAAAUCGGACAUGCCAAAGGUUCUGAGCUCUCAUCCAUUGGCACCCAUGAAAUUGCCUGAUAAGCUGGAAGACAUUUUCCCCUCUGUCCCUCUUGUCGAACCCACUGCGGACCGGAUGUACUACUUUGUUCUUCACAAGAAGACAAUUACUGUGACGCGCUUCAAGUACGUCACUGAUGGAACAGUGUCGUGUAGGGGACGCAUGUGUGAUCGCAGCAAAGCCCUGACAGACAAGAACGUUGGCUGCGGAUGCAUGCACACUGGAAUCGACAAGAACGCGACAAUUGGCCAGCUGACGAUAGGGCUCAGUGUUCCGGAAGCAUUUAACAUGAAAGGGUAUGUGGAAAUACGUGACUUUCGAUCCCUCAGGCUCACCGAGCUAUUGGUACAUGACAAUAAAGCAUUUCAAAAGACCGAAAAGGAGGCCAUGGAUUUCAUGCACGUGGAAAACACAAAUAAAGGACAUGGUGAAGUACGUGAACACCAAUGA